AUGACACUCUCUCCAUGGGAUUUGCCUCUUCUUGCUGAUCAAAACCAAUACUCCAACUUUCAGAUCUUUCUCCAAUCUGUGACUCCCAUCAUUCCUUCCAAGUGCCUUCCCAAGAAUGGUACAAAAAUCCUAACCGGGCUUCCUCCGUCACAUGGUGAAGAUUUUGUGGAAUGCUUCUCCUUAAGCAGCCUUUGGAAAUUCUUCACUGAAACUAGUGUCUAUGGUGUCGGUGUCCCAAUUCUCUUGAACAAUGGUGACAGUGUCCUACAAUACUACUGUCCAUCCUUAUCAGCUCUCCAAAUAUAUUUGGAAAAUCCCUUUGUUUCACCAAUGAGGGUUGGAAAUAUCAACUGCUGUUGGAGUGAUGAGAGCGAAAGUGAUGAACUAUCACAGUCUUUAAGUAAUAAUUCAAGUAAGAGCUCCGAUAACUCUUCGGAUGGUUCCAACACUGACCAUGAAGUCUCAUCUCAAACAGUUGAUUGCUUUGGCGACCUGUAUUUCCAAUUCAACGAGACAUCUAGUCCUUAUGAUAGAAUCCCUCUAACCGAAAAGAUCAAUGAAUUAGCACAGAACUAUCCUGGUUUACUGAAGUUUCAGAGCACAGAUCUCUCUCCUUAUAGUUGGAUAGCCAUUGCUUGGUAUCCUAUAUAUCAGAUUCCAUUGACCAAGAAUGUGAAAGAGUUGUCAGCAUGUUUUGUCACGUAUCAUAAUCUCUCCUCCUUCCAUGGUAAGUUGCUCUUGACAAGAGAUACAAAAGAAAACAUAAGUUGUCUGGGUUCUAGAGGCAGCAACAGCAAUCUAAAUGAACAAGAACAAGAAAAAGAAGGUCAUAGCGCAAUUCGCCCUUUCGCAGCUGCAACAUAUAAGAUGAAUGGAGAGCUUUGGAUGAAUCCAGAGACUGCAGAUCAACAAAAGAUUGGCUCUUAUCUGGAUGCCACUACUUCCUGGUUGAAGCUUCUCCGUUUCCAGCAUCAUGACUUCAAUUUCUUCAUGUCUCGUAGAUGUUUCUGA